CUUGUAUCUACACAACGAGCCACCAUGCGUUGUAAUGGAAAACUCCGUGAUAUACUCUCAGAGCAACUGCAUUAUUGACUCGCCAGCUCACUAUCAAUAUGUCGCUUGGAUCUCAUGAUUCGGUUUUAAACCUAUAUGGCCGCUAAUAUGGCUUCACUCGCGUUGGAUCAGGGCCGGACACAACUGAUGCCAGUCGUGUUGCACUCGACUAUUUCGCUAACAUAUCUUGUCAUUGUUGCCUUUGACUAAUUAUAUACACAGCGUCGAUGCACUGAAUGGUAAUAUUUCGUUUGAUUCAUAUCACUGAAAGGAUCCCAAGAGAACAAAAGCGGUGUGGGCUGGAAAUAUCCGUGAGGACCGGUGACUUUGCCGCACUCGAUUAUUAUCACAAGGAAUAUGUUAUUUUGCUGUGUUCAGGAUAGAAUGAACAUUCGUAGCGUAUCUACCUGAUCGUAUAUAUGCCCUAAAUUAUCUGUGGAGUUGAGUAUGAACCUUUGCGCUUUACCCUUUGUCCGGUUAAAACAUACGUGCAGGUUUUACUAAUUAGAUACUUUGUCGUGAAACAUGUCUAGCAGUUCAUUAAGUCAUUUGGAUAUACAAGUACAUGGAUAACCAGUGUACGAUAGCCAAGAGGAAUGGAGCGUAUGUGAAUACAUGUAGUAAGCGAUGAGCCUUCAAACAUUGCUAAAGGUCCUAUUAAUUGGAAUGUGUUACCUGUCGUCUAGUGGUAAAAAGCACAACAGGAAAAAAGCCAGACAUGAAAUUGAUAACCCGGACGAUUUCGUGGAUGAAUUACUUCGAAAUUAUAAAAGAACGAGACGACCUGCUGAAAAUUUAAGUAUCAAGAUAAUUCUCCACGUAAACACAUUAAGCUCAGUUAGCGAAAUAACCAUGGAUUAUAAUAUAGACAUGUACUUCGACCAGGAAUGGGUCGACCACCGCCUUGCUCACAACUGGACCACUCAGAGGAUAACCAUGGACAAGGAACGGGCUCAGACCCUCUGGCAUCCAGACACAUAUUUUCUCAAUGCCAAACACGGUCACGGCCACGACCUCGGUGCUAAUGAAUGUGCUUUCCUUUCGCCUGAUGGUACAGUCAGGUAUAGCCAAAGGGUAUCCCUGGUUGUGUCGUGCUCCAUGAAUCUCCAUUACUUUCCUAUGGAUGAACAAGACUGUAGUUUGAUCAUAGGAAGCUAUGGUCACCCUGCGAAGGAGAUAAGUUAUGGCUUUAUAGCAAACGACUCCACCACGUUUGAAGAAAGCCUCAUACUGCCAGAUUUUGUCCUCGACACAGGACAUGUUAUUCAAAACCACCAUUUCUGGGAGUUCCCUAUCGGUACGUUUAGCUGUCUGGAGUUCGUGUUCCACCUGAAGCGAGAUUUCGGUUAUUACCUAAUCCAGACGUAUAUCCCAAGUGUCCUUGUCGUAGUCUUAUCAUGGCUGAACUUUUGGCUUGACGUUCACGCAACGCCCGCCAGAAUCUCUGUUGGUUGUUUAACUGUCCUCACCAUGGCAACACAAGCUUCCGGUAUCAACAAUCAACUUCCGAGGGUGUCUUAUAUCAAGGCCAUUGAUGUGUGGAUGUCAACGUGUAUGGUGUUUGUUUUUGGAGGACUUUUAGAGUUCGCCGUGGCGAACGUUAUAACAAGGAGGGAAGCGAAGCAGCGAGAAAAAGCACUGAAGUGUAGAGAAAAGGAGAAGUCUGAGUACUUCUACGUUAAGAUUUAUGAGAUGUACGCUGAAAUGAAAGAGUUAAAGAGACCUCGAGUAACAGCGACGCAGAGCAAAAAUAACGUGGGUUCGCCUACAAGUGUAAAGGACGGGGCUGAGUCCCCCUGGGAGCCCAUGAACUCGCAUCCCCCGAAACAACCUCCCAAACCAAAGAACAAAACGGGAUGUGCUGAAAAAGUCGAAAUGGCAUCACGAUUUCUGUUUCCGAUGUCGUUUUGUGUUUUUAACUUGGUGUACUGGUUACACUAUUGGUGCCGUUGGUUUGAAAACGGACGAUGUACUUACUGAACUUGGCUCUCCGGGGUAACCCCAACUGAGGAAUCAUAAAGUGGUCACCCCGGAGGUAAGGCGUAGACGGGCGGCCAUGGAGCAGUGAGGUGGCCCAUGACCCCAAGGUUGUCUCAUGCAAUCACAUCAUUCAGCGAGUAAGGCAGUCGGCAGAUCAUUGAUCAGCUAAAAGUUAAGUUUCGAUUCACACCGUUUUUUAUUGUUCCUUGCUCAAAGGUGUUUCGUUGGUGUUCAGGAGCAGCUACCAAGCGCUCACCUUAUCUUCGAACUCUAACGGGAAAGAACAAAGUGUCUUGGGUGGGAUUUGAACCCACAAUAUCUCGCAUAUCAGGAGUCCGUUCCUCAAAGCACUUCUCCAACCUGCUCACACCAAAGGCACUCCCAUGUGGUUCCCGUGAAUCACAAGAAGGUCAGUUUAGUAUCGCAUCAAGACCAACAAAACCUUACCAAAGAAAUCGGUUACAAAGUAAUGAGAUAUUCUUUGCUUGGAUUAGAGAAAGAUCCUUGUCGCCAUGGGCCACCUUGUCUAUCCAGCGCCGCCUUUAUAGAAUAGUAGAGUUGUCUUUACGAUAACUAGAUAUUCUUGGAUGCCUUAGUAGAGAGCUACCAGAUCAUCGGGGUUUUUCAGGAUAUAGGGUGUUUUUCAAUGAGUGUUUGUGCAUGUCAGAUAUUUAUUGAUGCUGCAAUGGUAGGCAUAGUUUUUGAAAACUGACUGAACACGCAGUCAUUUGAUAUGGUUUGUUGGUCUCGGCCACUGUGCUCAGUUGACAAUUCUGGAUUUGUGAAGAAACAAUUUGGCCCGACGUCUAACGGAAAAGUGUGUGUGCAGCUGAACGACGAAACGGAAACUGAAACUGUGUUGAUGAAACAGAAAGUGUCACUUUGGCUCAGCAUUGUAAGCCCCUUCCUCUUCUUGCCACCUCAUGUUUCGCUUUUGGCGACUCUUUCGCUAAAAAUUAGUUGGUCACAUUUGAAGCACAGCAACACUGUGGAUAAUUUGCUGGAACGCAUCAGGAAAUGUAGGCUCAUAAACUCGUGAGACCAAAUUUCAAGCCAUGUGUUCAGAAAGGGAUAGCGUGUCCAGAAACUGGCUUUUACAAAGAGUGAAUCGUUCAACCUCAACACGUAGAUAAGUUACACUGUUAUUCUGCCAUUUCCAUUAUAUAUUUCUAGUUGUUGGCUCUGGAAGACACUUUUCUAAAUUACGGUUUAAACUCUGCUCAAUGCUUCUAGAUUGCAUGAUAUGUAGAAAGCACACGAUGUUUUUUAAUGAUAUUUGUAUAUAGUAAAGCUUGCAUAAUGGUAGCCCGGAGUGAUUUUCCAAGAACAGCACGAAAGUUCCAGACCCGUCAUAAUUUGACUGCGUAUAGUGGAAUUCAAACACUUCCGGUGGCGUUCCUGUUUUAAGCAUGCAGUCAUAUCCGAUUCCGUACACGGAGUCGAAGGCUGUCAACUCUGCCUGGUCUCUGUUGGUAAAGACUAUUCUCAUGAUGCUUCGUCUCAUGAAGAACUGAUCGCCUUUAAGGCUUUUGCUCACAUUAGACGUUGUGUGAAAGUUGUAGUUUCCAUAUUACAAUGUUAAUACUCUUCUCAAUCGCACGAUCGUUUGCAUAUACUAGUACUCUAUCCGAUGAUAUGUGCGGGCGUGUGGACGAAGUUUCUCUCAUGUGGUCCCGGGCUUGUGGUAGACAUGACGAGAGGGUACCGUACACAAACUUGUUCGUGUCGCCUACCUUGAGUGAGUGAGGUCUGCCUUUGAGUCUGCUUAAACUUCGAUUGAGAUGUGUGUAUGCAAAGGAAUUCGAAUUUGUGGCAGUUCGUCAAGACAAUGAGACAGCGAACCAGUACUAUUGGGUAGUUGCAAGCGAAUGCAUGAGUAAUGCAGUAGCAGUGUGGCACAAACAAGAUGCUUACUCCUAUUUGUAGCUAGUUCGUGGCAAGUGGUGAUUCGGCUGUGGACACCGCAGCCGUAUGAAUCUAAUUUGAGUGUUGAUCUGCAUGGGCCGAGUGAGGUAUAGACCUUUAGAAGCCUCUGCUUGGCGCUUAACUCUAUCUCCUGGGCCCCAAUACGUCGUACACGCCACCAUUAUGCGAAACUCGUGAGCAAGGGAUCGAUGUAGGUGAAUUAGUCACUUAACAUAGGGUUCAACAUUGGCAAUCAUGAUAAUCGCGGGACGUAUUUUACCCUGACAUGCUUAAAAGGCCAGUUUGCCAGAAAAGCUGUUUCAGUGGGGUAAAAACGCAAUGAAAGAUGUUGGGCAUGUAUGAGCGAGCGUGGUGUGUUUGGAUGUUGAUGGUGAAGGAUUUGAAUUACAUUUGAUAUACAUGUAACGAGACAGGUUUGUCCUCGACGAUUAGGGAAGGAGAAACAUCGUCAAUGCGUGGGAAACAGCCGUAAGCUGGAAUACUUGAAAAUAUUACCGCUGCCGAGCUUCAACAUCUUCUUAUCACUGAAGUCGUAAUGAAACGUACAUUUCGUGACAUCUCAUGGCCUAUACAUGCAUAAGAUGAUAUCCUUACUGUACAAUAUACAAGAGUCGUCCAACUGUUGCUUCUCGCCCACAAGCUCACCUACAGAUCGAGGGAUAUUAUUAUAUCCACUGAAAUGCAGUGUUUUGGCAGUUAUAUCGAAAACUUUACGAUCGGAGCAUGCAUUGGUAUUGUGCUUUUGUAUUAUGUAAAUAUCAAAGAUGUAUAUACGUAGAUGUAGGUUUAUAAAAUAUAUUUCUUUUCA